GAGUGGGUGCGAAGUGACUGGUACUGCAAGGACUGUACGGUCAAGUGGGGCUCUCAGAAAGGCAAGCGCGUGUGCAACCUGGGCAUUCAUCUUCAUUGUAAACAGUGUCAGAUGCACAAGCGCAACGUCUUCGGUGGGAAUAAAGAAGGUGGGAGCCCCAGCAAGCACUCAGUAUCUAAUGCAGUUCCGACCACGCCCUGGGAGACAAAACGAGUCAUUCAGCAGCUGGAGGCAAACAUCACUGAGUUGCGGGCUCAGCUACGUGAACGUCAGCUUCCACUGCAGUCUAGCCCCGUGCAGGUUGAACCAACGGUGGAGGUCGUCGACCAGGAUGAUGAUUCCUUGGACAAGCAGCUUGCACUGUUGGACACAAAGUUGCAGAAGCUCCCUGAGGCGCUGGUCAAAGAAAUUCCUGGGUUGGCAAGUACCAGAAAGGAGCUUGAUGCCCAACGGGACAAACUUCAGCUGGAACGACGCGAACGUAAGCCUGUUGGUGUGCAGAUCAAUGAGGUCAACCGCAAGCUCUACCAGCUGGACCAGAAGAUUCAAAAAGCAAAGGCCGCAGCUGAGCAGCGGCAAAAGCAACUCAAGCUGCUGCAGGAGGCAAUCGAGGAGGCGGCAGAUGGUGCUACAGUAUCGGUGCAGCGCGCCCUCUUCAAGCUGGAUACCUUGGAAGCGGCAAUCUCCUACUUCGGCCAGCGGCUGCGGCGGCAGGUGCGACAGCAGACAUGGCAGUGGCACCAGAGGAACCUGCAGCUGCCCUUCCUAGUCUCCGUGAA